AUGACACCUGACUCACCUCUCCCUCUUCCUCGAUCUCUUAGUUCCUCGAUGGGUGAUCCUGCUACCCCAUCAUCCUCUCAAUGUCCUGCAACUCCUAUCACUUCUCCAUGCAAGGUGACAGACUCAAAGGACACCAUCAUAGGCAUCGUAUACCCUGCUUGGGAGGCAUUGUGUGAGGCAGAGUCUCUCAAUCCAGCUGUGGGCUUUGAGUUUCUGAUACGCGAGUUUCUUUCUGCCUUGCAUGAACUUCGCACCUUCUCGGACUUGGCAUCGCAAACACGCUAUACUCAGUUUUGCCAAAAGGCCCAAGUGCAUCUCAAUACCUUUGUACAGCCAUCAUGGCUAUCAUGGUGUGAAGAGCUGAUCUCGCUCGAGUGGGCUGCCACCUUCUUGGCAAGCAAGGAGCCUAGCCCCCCUCUGACAACUGAGGCUUCUGCAUGUACACCUUGCAAUACUGGGGAUGUCACAGCCUCCGGUUCUCUGACUGCUUCCACCAGCACUGAUGACUCCCUUCCUGCUACUGUUUCAACAUCUGCUUCCAUGGUAGCUGCACCUGUUGCGGCUGCUGAUGCUCAAGGUGUUCCCAUCCCCAAGUGCAAGUUCCAGGCUCAUGCGGCCAACCCAGUUGCUAUCGACCCUCCUUCCAACUCUGAUACUGUGGCCAUGGAGGUCGAUAUUUCGCUCGCUACUGUGGUCGCUAAGCCUCCUUCUGCACCAGUCUCUGAGACAAUCGAGCUUUCCAGUAAUGAUGAGGAUGACAGCGAGAGUGAUGAGAUCGAGUACAUGGGUGGCACUAUGCCCAACUUGUCUCCAGCUCAUCUGAAGAAAGGCAAGGGAUGCAGUCGCAAACCUGUGAAGUCAUCCAGUGCGACCACCACAUUCGAGGAUCAGUAUGUGCGCAUGCCUGUCCGUACUUUUCAUGAUCGCUCCCUUCCACCAACGUACCUCCUGCUGUGGCAGAAGCCUUCCAUCAUGUGCUUGUGUCGAUACUGCCUAUCCUCCGAGAAGGUCUCGUGA